CUAGCUCUCUUUCUCUCUCUCUCUAUACCGUCUUUCUCUUUCUUUCUCAAGAUGGCUGUUCAUUGCAACGGUGGAGAGAACUUCAAGAUGCCAGAUAUUAAGUUCACCAAGCUCUUCAUCAAUGGCCAAUUCAUCGACUCCGUCUCGGGAAAAACAUUUGAGACGAGAGAUCCACGCACAGGAGAUGUGAUAGCGAACAUUGCAGAAGGCGAUAAGGAAGACAUAGAUAUUGCCGUCAAGGCUGCAAGAGAAGCCUUUGAUCAUGGAAAGUGGCCUCGCAUGUCUGGCUACGAGAGGGGAAGGAUCAUGAUGAAAUUUGCGGAUUUGCUUGAACAAAACAUAGAAGAAGUGGCCAAACUUGAUAGUCUAGAUGGAGGAAAAUUACUUGCAGCGGGCAAGGCCAUGGAUAUCCCAAGUGCAGUGGGGACACUUCGAUAUUAUGCAGGUGCAGCAGAUAAAAUCCAUGGGGAGACGCUCAAGAUGUCAAGAGAGUACCAAGGGUACACGUUAAAGGAGCCUAUCGGAGUUGUUGGCCACAUUAUACCCUGGAAUUUCCCGACUGGGCUGUUGUUCUUCAAAGCCAGCCCUGCUCUUGCUGCUGGAUGUACUAUGGUUGUGAAACCUGCGGAGCAAACUCCGCUAUCUGCGCUUUUCUGUGCUCAGUUGGCGAAGAAGGUAAUCGUUGUGUCUAUUGUGUGUUACCCUAAUUUUUGGUAUUAGGUGGAAACUAGCCAAUUGU